CCGGUAACCUGCUUGCCUCAUUGUAGACUAGUGAGAGAGUUUACGAACAGGGAUUUCGUAUAGGUCUCAUCCAAGCUAUUGCAUCAUAUUCCCAUAUAAUCUCGCUCGGUAAACCCAAGAUCACGACAGAAUCAUGAAUGCCCAUAGUAGAAGCAGCUUCGAACUCUUCUUUUCUGGUUAGGAGCUAAAUGUAAUCUAGCGAAUAUGGCGGUUUGGUGAAAUGGAUUUGAGAACGACAGCUUAUUUGGAGUUGAUCCGAGUGUGGUAAGUUGACACCAAAGAUGGCUAUGGCUAGCAAAACCAGAAAUAUCCUUGAGGGUUUGGUUAAAGAAGGAUCGUUCAAAUGGUUGCUUACAAAACGAAGUCCAUUUGACGAGGACUUUGAGGAGAUGGGGAGAUCUCCAUCUGCACAGACAAACUGGAUACCAGAGCUCUCUCCUGUUGCUAAUGUAGUUGUACGUAGGUGCUCAAAAAUCCUUGACAUUUCGUCAACUCAGCUUCAAGAAAACUUUAAUGUAGAGGCUUCUGAGUCCAUAAAGCAUCCAACACGGUAUGCAAAAAACUUUUUGGAGUUCUGCUGUUUCAGGACACUUGCUCUGUCUACUCAAGUAGUUGGUCAUCUUGCUGAUAAAAAGUUUCGACGUUUAACAUAUGACAUGAUGGUAGCAUGGGAGGCUCCCGCGGCAUCCAGCCAACCUUUACUUAAUAUAGAUGGGGAUGCAUCAGUUGGUGUGGAGGCCUUUUCUCGAAUAGCUCCUGCUGUUCCAAUUAUUGCCAAUGUUAUUAUCAGUGAAAAUCUUUUUGAGGUGCUUACAUCGUCAACUGGUGGUCGGCUGCAAUUCUCUGUCUAUGAUAAAUACUUAACUGCACUAGAUAGUUUAUCUUAUUUUGACAUUUCUGCAGGUCGGUUAAUUCUGACUGAUCAUGCAUUAUACUUUGAACCGCUCCGCGUUGUAUCAUAUGAUAAAGCAAAGAGAUAUGAUUUAUCAGAAGAUCUAAAACAAGUUGUUCGCCCCGAGUUGACUGGACCAUGGGGCACCCGACUUUUUGACAAAGCAGUCUCCUAUAAAUCAAUUAACUUGUCAGAGCCAGUGGUUAUCGAGUUUCCUGAGCUUAAAGGACAUACUCGACGUGAUUACUGGCUAGCUAUUAUACAGGAAAUCUUAUAUGUUCAUAGAUUUAUAAACAAGUUCCACAUCACGGGAGUGGAACGUGAUGAAGCACUUUCAAAGGCUGUACUUGGAAUUCUUCGAGUUCAAGCUAUUCAAGAAAUUAGUGCUGCGAAUUCAGUCCAUUGUGAAGCUAUUCUCAUGUUUAAUCUAUGCGAUCAACUUCCUGGUGGAGAUUUGAUACUGGAGACUCUUGCAAACAUGUCAAGCUUAAGGGAAGUAGACCGCAAGAAUAACUACACUGCUGGAGGGGGAAUGCACUCAUUAUCUGCUUUGGCCAUGGUUUCUAACUUGGGGUUUGUGUUUGGAACAAGUUCAAAUAAUUCCACGGAGGCUGUGCUUGUUGUUGGUGAGAUAGCUGUUGGUGAGAUGAGUUCAUUGGAAAGAGCAGUUAAGGAGUCUAGAAACAAUUACAAAAAAGUGGUGCAUGCAAAAGAAACAAUUGAUGGUGUCAAAGUGGAUGGCAUUGACACCAACCUGGCAGUGAUGAAGGAGUUAGUGCUUCCUGUUACGGAAAUUGGGAAGUGGCUUCUUUCCUUGGCAUAUUGGGACAAUCCUCUGAAGUCUAUGGUGUUUUGUUUGGUUUCUACAUUUAUAAUUUGCAGGGGAUGGCUAGGCUACACUUUUGCAGUGAUGAUUACUUUUUUUGCGGUCUUCAUGAUAAUCACAAGAUUUUGUAACCAAGGAAGACCUAUGGAUGGACUUAAGGUAAUAGCACCUCGACCCAUGAAUACAAUGGAGCAGCUCUUGGAGGUCCAGAAUGCAAUUUCUCAACUUGAGCAGCUCAUCCAGGAUGGGAACAUUGUUCUUCUCAAGUUCCGGGCGUUGUUGCUGUCCAUUUUUCCUCAGGCAACUGAAAAAUUUGCAGUUAUUCUCCUGGUCUCAGCCUUGAUUCUGGCCUUGUUACCGGGUAGAUACAUAUUUUUGCUGAUCUUUUUGGAGGCGUUCACGAGGUACUCGCCUUUAAGGAAAGCAAGUACCGAAAGAUGGAUGAGGAGACUGAGAGAGUGGUGGUUCAGCAUACCGGCAGCUCCUGUGGUUCUUGAAAGAGAGAAUGAAGAUAAAAAGAGUAAGUGAUACAUAUGUAUAUAUUCGUACAUGUAGAUUGUAUAGUAGUCUCCUGAGAAAGAAAACCGGAGCUCCCAACAUUGUGCUUCUCAAAUGUAAGAUUGUGAAUGAAGAAAAAUAACAAAUCAACAUAUUUUCUUGGUUUGAGAAGUUCAUAAUGUAAAGAUGUAAAUGGUGAAGAGCAUUUAGAAUGGUGUUUCUGCUGCUUUGCAAUUUUUUUGUUGAAAUAAGUAAAACCACUUUGUACUGGGA